CUGAGAAAACGUCCCUCGAGCUUCAGCGAGAAACCUCUGCACGUGACCCAAUCCGCGUUGAAUCUGUUUCUCAGGAAUACGUUCAUUUGGGCUUUAGUUAGGGUAUUGUACACGAAGAUCGCUGUAGGUCUAUGGCAAAGUUCCCUAGGUCUAGAACAGUUGGGUCAAGGUCAGUGCUGUGCCACGCAAUGUCCACGGGCUGAGAAACCCCUAGCCAGUGAAUCGCACAAGACGUUUGACGGCAGUAUGGAAACAAAGUAUUGGUCGAGUGGCUACCAGGGAACAAGCAAUUUCAGCGCUCUUCUCACGCCGCUGACAUUCCUCAUAACUUAUUUCAACUCGGGCAUCAACCCGUUGCUAUACGCUUUCCUGUCGAAGAAUUUUCGCAAGGGAAUGAAAGAGCUCCUAUUUUGCAACAUACAUGGAAAGCGAAAGAGCGAUAACUUGAUACUAUUAAACAGAGUUGGUGGUGUAGGUCUGCGCCGAAGUUCAACACGAUCAACACGUGCCAACUGCAGCACUGUCACAAUGGCACCUAACGGUGAAUCAUGA